ACCAGGUGAUGGGACUGAUCAACCCAGGGGGAGUGCCUCACCAGCCCCAGGGCGACUUCGCCAUCUCCCCGCUGACCGGGGGCCUGGAGCCCAACGGCGGCAUGGCGGCCAGCUGCCACGGCGCCCAGCGGCUGGAGGCCCUGCCGGCCCUCAGCAGCAUGCCCACGCUGCCGGGCUCCCAGUCCUACUGCACGCCGGGCUACAGCUCCACGCCCUACCACGCCGUGGACCACCACGCGUCCUACCAGUACGGCCAGUACAGCCAGAGCAAGGUACCCUUCAUCAUCUGAACGCCCACCCCCAUGGAGACCACCACCACCACCACCUCCACCACCUCCACCACCCACCCCCGCCUUCACGAGCCCCUGGGUGAAGGGCGUCUCGGACCCGACCGCUGCACCCUACCACCUUUGGGACAAACCUUAGUACAAAGCACCACCCGUCACCCUCGCUGUUUCACCACCCCCUGCAAGGAGAGCGGAGGAUAUUGGUCAGGGGGGGCUGAGCAUGUGGACAGAAUAGAGGAGUCGAUGGCCAAGGAGGAGGAGGAGGAGGAGGAGGAGGAGGAGGAGGUUGAGGUUGCUGCCUGGAAUAAUCAGGGGCGGCGGUGGAGCCACCCUCUCCGGUUACCUGGCACCCGCUCUGCUCACGCUCCCCGCGUCACGCUCACAGGGCUGUGAGCCAGCGCGCCUGGCUCUCUCUCUCUCUCUCUCUCUCUCUCUCGGUCUCCUCCAUCGGGGGUCGACGAGGGGAACAGGGGCGUGGACGGUGGGCCGGGGGGAGGAGGGGGUGCUGGAGGACGGGGGGGUCCCUCACACGGCAUCAACCAUCAGGAUUUCUGUAUUUAAUGUCGUACUUUUUAUAAUCCGCGGCAGAGACACAAACGGGAACGAACUUCUGUGCGGGCCGCCCCUCGCUCGCCCCCUCGCUCGCCCCUCGCCGGAGACGGGGCCAAGGAGUGUUCGUAUUUAUGCCGGAUCCAUUCCUGCGGAAGGACCCGCGAUCGCUGUUCCUCCUGGGGAGCCGGUCGCCUGUUGGGAAAAUGACAUGUACUUCACCCACUACAUUGCCCUUGUUAUGUUGUCUUUUCUUUCUGCGUUGACAUAGUUUUGAGUGUUUGAUCGUCCAGGGGAGCCCUCGUAGCGUAGCGUCGAACCACACCACAAACCAGCGGCAGAGCCCAAAGUGCAAUACACUCAUACCUCAUGUGAUGUACAUUGACUUGAUCUCACUCAUAACAAUUCCAAAUGUAUAAAUAUAUAUAAAUAUAUGUAAUCUCUUUAAAUGUCUUUGCAUUUGGAAUUUGCUUAAAUUGAUUGCCGACACUAAGGGACUGCUCAUCAGCGAAUAUGAUUACAAAAGUGAUAUCAAUAAGCAACAAAAAAUAGGUUUUGCUAGUGACGGCGUUACACAGAGCUGAGAGUAAAUAUUACUUUUUUUCAUUUUUUUUCUGAAUUUGUAAAAUUAUCAAUUCAUUAGUUCCAUGUUUUAUUUAUUGUGUGUUAUUCAAACAUUUCCUUUACCCUUGUGUUCAUUAUGUAAGCACUCUGUGGCUUAAGUAGUCUUAAAACAAUGAUUAUUUUUUCAUUAUCUCUCUCAACUUUGUAUCCUUUUCAUUUACAGCUGAGUCAAAUGCUUUUAAUGUAAUGUUUUUUUGUAAAAUACAGCACUAUUUACUAUUUAUAAUAAACUAUAUAAAAAUA